UCCGCCGUACCUGACUUGGCUCCCAGGUCGUGGGCCACUCUAUGGCGCGCGUCACUCGAAUACGCCAACGUAUUCCCAAUUCUCUAAGUGGUUCUCUCUUCUGUCUGCUUUUCGUACCCGGCUUGGCUGAUUGUCGGUGUGCAGACUGGCUGCCCGCGGCCAGGCCAGGACGCCAGGUACUACCAGGCAGGGCGCUCAUCGGGCUCGUUUCUUCUUCUCGCCUUCUUCGUCCGAUCAUCAACUGGACACAUUGAAACUCACCCCCGUGUCCACAUCGUGGAUCCGAGGCAGGGUCAAGGGCGCUAAACCUUGUCCCAUCAGCGGGUACCUGGGCCAGACCAGGC